AUGCACAAGGCGAAAGCCGUAACGAGUCGCCUGGAACAGAGCGCCGGAGUCGCUGCGACACGCGCGACUCCCAAGACCUUUCAAUUCGUCGAUGCGAAUCCUACCACCGAUGCAGAGCGAUCUCAGAAUAAAAUCCUCGUCCGUUCUAAUGCCUCGAACUUCCAUUGGCGGCGUGUCAAGAAAUCCAGUAAUGGUUCAACGAGCAGGAGUUCUACACGGAAGCGCACCCCAAAUCAUGAACCCAAAAAGCCAUUAGGCAGAGCUAUUGCGCCGAUAAGUCAAACAAACGAUGAUAUAUCAUCGUCCACAGAGAGUGAUCAGUCUCCACCAAAGAAUGAGGAGGACCGGGUUUCCCAAGAAGACACAGAAUCACCCAUUGAGAGUGAUGUCCCUGCAGAGACUACCAGAGACCUGUUGAGCUUGAUCGUUUCAGGGCAUUAUGACCCCUUCGAGAUGUACCCGUCCGAUCUACCCAAGGAGUUUAUUAGUCCUAUUCUUUAUCAGAUCAAUGGAUUUUUAGCAUCGGUAUUCCCACCAGAGCGAGGAAAACCUAUAAGUGCAUUAUCUGAACGAUGGCUCAAUACCACGUUUAGCGACCGCGCUCUCUUUCAUGCCUCGAUAUUUUGUCAACUCACAAGGAACAGCGCAUUCAUAUCAGCGAGGUCGGAGUCUCGAGAACACGUACAAUGCUACACUGAGACAAUCCGCGGUGUGCACCAGAAAUUCCUAGACAACAACACAAGUUGCACGGACGAAAACAUAUUAUCAGUAUAUGCCCUAGCGUAUCAUGGAGCGACUCGACCACAGACAUCAACAGAAGUACCAAAUCAAGGGCCCUUAAAAACCCUCCAGCUACUACAUGUAUAUGGAGGGCGGCUAGAAACAGUCGAUGUACAUCUGAGAGGCCUAGCUAAGAUGCUUACAUUGCGUGGCGGUGUCAGAAAGAUCGGGUUGCCUGGAUUGGCCCAGGCCAUUUCAUGUGGCGACAUUAUUCUGGCCACCCAGAGACUCGAGAAACCACUACUACCCUUUGUUGCAAUGCAUGACGAUGUGAUCGGACGACUUACAGCGGCUUCUCGACAAGAUCACCCUCUCGUUGGUCUAGGCAGGGGUUUUCGGGUCUUACCAGAAAUGCUAGGUCGAGCAGAAGUAUCGAAGCUUCUGAUAGUCCUGCGCUGGAUCAUUCAAUACACUUUCGCCAUCGAUGAUUAUGAGCAGAAAAGACCCGAGGCACAGGCGACUCUCCGACUCGGAGACGAGCGAAACUUCGUUCAACAUAGUCUAAUGCUGUUAUCACCAACAAUUCUCGAAAUGGAAGAGGAGCAUCCCAUGCAUCGGCUAUGUCGAUUAGGUACACUCAUAUAUAGUGUACUGGUUGUGUUCCCCAUUCCUUCUGAAGCUGCACCAUUUCAUCGGCUCGCCAAGGAAGUCCAGGCGCAAUUAUCACAGGCUUCCGUCCAAUCCCGUUGGAUCGAAGCACCAGAGCUCAUCCUCUGGGUAACCGUGUUGGGCGCCAUAGCUUCCACAGGCUCCCAGUACCGCGAAUGGUAUUUAACGACACUUGAUCGCCUGACAAAGAGGCUCAACCUCGUUACAUGGUCUGCUAUGAAGGAGCGAUUAGGAAUGUUCCUUUGGUUUGAGAGCACCAACGAUGAGGAUGGCUUCAAGUUAUGGAAGGAGAUGGAGGACUCAAGUCCGUUCCGGUUACCAAAUUCCGCGCAUUGA